AAUGAUGCUGCAUGCGCGCGACGACCGUGAUCGAUCGAUCUUCCUCAACGAUCCACCAACGGAAUUUCGUAUCCGCUCCACCUCCAUCCUGCUCGAGCUCGACGUCCGCGCGCGUAUAAAUAGGAGCUCAAUUCGCUGGCUAGCUAGCUACAGAGCGAACUAACUCAUGGCCCCGAUUCCCAGCUCGCGCGGCCUCUGUGGUGCGCUGCUCGUGCUCGUGCUCGUAGCCGCCGCUGUCGUUAUCGACGCCAAGGUGCCCUCCCUGUCCCUGGCCGCCAGGCACGAGCGGUGGAUGGCCAAGUUCGGGCGCGCCUACACGGACGCCGAUGAGAAACUGCGCCGGCGGGAGGUGUUCGCGGCCAACGUGCGGCACGUUGACGCUGCCAACCGGGCGCGCAACCUCACGUACACGCUCGGGCUCAACCAGUUCUCCGACCUCACCGACGACGAGUUCCUGGAGACACACCUCGGGUACCGUCACCAGCUUCGUCCUGCGCCGCUGGCAGCGGUGAACAUGUCCAGGGCUGCCGCUCUGAGGAGUGGCAAGUUCCAGUACAUACCGGACAGCGUGGACUGGAGGGCACAGGGUGCCGUCACCGAAGUCAAGAACCAACGCUUGUGCGGGAGUUGCUGGGCGUUCGCGGCGGUGGCGGCGACGGAGGGGCUCGUAAAGAUCCGCACCGGCAACCUCAUCUCCAUGUCGGAGCAACAGGUCCUCGACUGCACGGGCGGCGCCAACACCUGCAGCGGCGGAGACAUCGACGCCGCACUCCGCUAUGUCGCCGCCAGCGGCGGCCUGCAGCCGGAGGCGGCCUACGCGUAUAGCGGGCAGCAGGGCGCGUGCCGCAGCGGCGGCGUCAAGCCGAAUUCGGACGCCUCCGUCGGCGCUCCACGGUGGGCGCGCCUAUACGGCGACGAAGGCGCGUUGCAGGAGCUCGCGGUCAGCCAGCCGGUGGCCGUGGCCUUGGAAGUCUCGGACCCGGACUUCCGGCACUACAGGCGCGGCGUGUACGCCGGCAGCUCGUCCUGCGGGCAGAGGCUGAACCAUGCUGUGACAGUGGUCGGCUACGGGGCGGACGGUGGCGGGCAGGAGUACUGGGUGUUGAAGAACCAGUGGGGAACGGGGUGGGGCGAGGGAGGCUACAUGCGCGUCGCGCGCGGGAACGGCGCCAACUGCGGCAUCGCAACCUACGCCUACUACCCGACCAUGGACAGCUAGCUAAUUGAACACUGCAACUGCAUAGAUAUGGAUUCUAACAACGAAAUUUGAGUGCAUUCAUGGUCGCAUGGAUCCAGCGUACUAAGAACGAUCCAUUUGCCUACGUAGCAAAUCUUGAUAUGAAAAGUAUUUUCUUCUUCUUCUCUUUAGAGCAAAAAGAGAGAAAAUAAAAAUGAUUAUUCU